CCUCCGUCAUGGCGGCUCCGCGGCUCCUGCGGGCAGCAGCCCCACGGCUCUACCGCAGCCCCGCGGCCCCGGUCCCGGCGCAGCCCCGCAGUGAGUGCGGCCCCAGCGCCCUGCGCAUCCCCUGCGAGCACGGAGCGGGUCCGGUGCCGCUCGGGGGCUCCGCUCUCCCAGCCGAGGAUGAGAAGCUGCUGUCCGAGCCCCUGGCGCACCCCGACUUCUUCAACGUGAAGGAGCUGUUCUCCCUGAAGGAUCUGUUCGAUGCGCGGGUGCACCUGGGGCACAAGAAGGGCUGUCGGCAUCGGUUCAUGGAGCCCUACAUCUUCGGCUGCCGCCUGGACCAGGACAUCAUCGACCUGGACCAGACCAUGGAGCACCUGCAGCUGGCCCUCAACUUCACCGCGCACAUCGCCUACCGCAAGGGCAUCAUCCUGUUCGUCAGCCGCAAGCGCCAGUUCUGCCAUUUGGUGGAGAGCACAGCACGGAGCUGUGGGGAGUACGCACACACGCGGUACUGGCAGGGCGGGCUGCUCACCAACACACACAUCCAGUUCGGCCCCGGCGUGCGCCUGCCCGACCUCAUCAUCUUCCUCAGCAGCCUCAACAACGUCUUCGAGCCGCACGUGGCCAUCCGGGAUGCGGCCAAGAUGAACAUCCCCACGGUGGGGGUGGUGGACACAAACUGUAACCCCUGUUUGAUCACGUACCCCAUCCCGGGCAAUGACGACAGCCCCAGUGCCAUGGAGCUGUACUGCAAGCUCUUCAGGAUGACCAUCAUCCGUGCCAAGGACAAGAGGAGGCACAGGGAGGCUGUGCGUGAGCUGCAGAGCAAAGCAGAGGGCAAUUAGAGCCUGUGGGAUGGUGCCCAGUGGGGUGGUGAUGGGCGUCCUGCACCCGGAGCACUGGGUUUUGACAGGGCUCUGGUGCUGUGCAGAGACCCCCCAGUGGUCCUGGCUCAAACAGAAAUGGUCCAGAACGAUGUAAGGGGAUGGGAGCCAGACCAGAGCCGGCUCCUGUCCCUGUGUGUGUCCCCGUUGGAUGGAGGCACCUCUGUGCUGUGGCCUCUGUGUCCCUGAGCUUGUGAUCACUUGGAUUUCAUGCGCUGUCCUGAUGAAUAAAGGGCUCCACAAUCUUU